AAUGUCCCCAAAUCCCUAUAAUCCACCGCUGAACCCUACAGUUGAUGGGGUUGACGACGAAAGAGAGAGUAAUGAUAACACUCGCGGGACUGACUUCCGUCUUUCCUGGCCUCAGAUAUGCACGCAGCAUGACUCCGUCCUGUCGUCGCAUUUGAACAUGCUCCGAUCUCUUAAGGGCCAGGUUUCAUCAGAUCCCGAUGCCUACCGACUGAUCUCCUCUAUGAUCGACAGGACGCAAAAACUGGUUAUGCAGUUCGAAGGUGUCAAGAGACAUAUCGUACCGCGCACUACUAGAAGCUCCGGCUCCGGCUCCGGCUCUAGCUCAGGCCCAAGACCGUCAAGUGAUUCUAGGUCUAGGGUAGACGAAGCUACAGUUCGUAAAAGGAAGAAGCGCAACCGGAUUUCGAACGAGAUCGAUCCGGUAAGAGAGCCGCAGCUGCCAGUUCUCGAAGUCCAACCAGCAAAGCGCAAACGCGUUGAUAUGGCUAUGCCCGGCGCUGAUCAGGACGUUCGGGACGUAAUGCCCGUGUCGCUAGAGACCGAAGACAUCUCGGACGAGGUGCAACGGCGGCUCAAGAUUAAGGAAGAGCAACGGCGGAAGCGUGAUGCGAAGCCAGAGAAACGCAAACGAGAUCGGGACAGUCUUGCAUCCAAUGUCAGCACAUCGUCGCUAGCCAGCUCGAAACCGAGGAAAAGGUAUAAACUCAACGAGCAGGUUGCAAUGGAAUAUAGCCCCGUGCUAUCCCGUUCUGCCCCAUUCAAUAAGGAAGAUCUUCUCCUGCCACUGCUAUCUUACUCCCCUCCUAAUACUUCUAAUCCACCCACUUCACUGCCUUCGGCCAUGGCCUACCACAAUAUCUUCCGCCGCUUUUACCAUAAGGACCGCACCCCCUCUACUUCUGGCACGGCCUACCAUUCCUGUGCCCAGGGUCAGGGUAACCAGUCCCGUCCCGUUUUUCUUAAUACUCGCAACCCCUCUGCUUCUGGCACGGCCUCUCACCCCCAUGCCCAGGGUCAAGGAACCCAACCCUGUCUUAACUCCACUGACAACCACAACCACCCUCCUUCUGAUAGAUCCGCUAACCGGCAUCAGGGCGCGAGUAACCAAUUCCUCCCGUAUGCCUCCAACCCUAAUGGCAUCCGUUCCUCACCUCAUCCUACCACGGUCGUUCACCCCUGCGUUAAAUACCAGGAGCCCAGAAAGGGCGUGUCUCCGCGCGCUGGCCCUAUCCCCGUGAAGAGGCUUACUGAUUUAGAUAACGACACGACCAUGACUGGAAUGCCAUUCCCCUACACAAGGGACCAAUGGAGAAAGAUCCAGCGUAUUAAACAGUGUCGUGAACAGGAAGAACAACGCCGUUUCCAGGAGGAACAGAACCAGAACAUCGAUUUGGAUACUGUUAUGACCGACGCACCUUCCCUGCAUCAGCCUCCGACCAGGAACAGCAGGCAUGUGGUCCCCUGCCGUGCCCGCAAGGUCCAGUUCGAUGUGAAUGCUUGA